GCUUUGAAAGCUGGCCUUGGGUGGGAACAUGGUCAUGAAAACACAUGUACAUUAUUUCUAUUUUAGAGAUGAUCUUUAUUAAUUGGCAAAAUAAGAGACUGGACAACGUUCUGUAGCUUGUUGUGGGGUACUCUGAUCACACGCUGACAUUCCUGAGACAUCAAUAAAGUUGACUUUGAAUCAAAGAGCAGAGCUAGCUACUAGUUGACUAAAGUUAGCCAUAAACGUUUUAGAGGACAGAGGAAGGAGAGAGAAAGAGAGGUCACUGACUGCCUCUCUGCGCUCCCCUGUUCACUCAGGUUCUUAUCCUGAUAGCUGACUCCCAAGUUUUUAUUGAUAAAAAUAAUUAGAUAAACACUUCAACAGCUGAAAGGAGAAAUGCCUUCUUACUGGGUCAAAGCCUCCACCUCACUCAACAUAAUACCUCAAAUUAUCUCAAAAGUUAAAGUUGUAUUAGAGAAGGCUUAUGGAAGUCAAGCCUGGCUUUCCUUGCAAAAAUGCUUCUUGUGUGUGUCUCUGCACCGGAACGCCCUGCUCUCCACACUCAGCUGGGGCCCGAGUCACUCAUAUCCCACCUUCCUGCUUAGACUUUCUUAAACCAUCUGAACUUGGGACUGAAGGGAUGGCUCAGUAGUUCAGAUAGUCUUUAUCACUGUUUAUAGCUCCAGUUCCAGGGGAUCUAGCAGCCUCUCUGACUUCUGCAAGCACUAAGCAUGUGUAAAGGGCAUUUACAUGCAUGCAGGCUUACACAAAAAAUAAAAACAAUUAUCUCGACUCAAACAUACCAGGAAGUGGGGGACCUGAAUGGCUUUCCAGAGAGGAGAUCUGGCUCACCCUAGCAAUCCUGAGCCCAGCAGGGCAGCAGGAAGGGACAGAAGGGACCUGGGAUUCCCUAAACGCUUGUUGCUUUGCCUAAGUCAGACCACUGCUUGGGUCACUAGCUCCAUGGUUCCUGUGGAGACGAGAUCUGCCCAGGUGAGAAAAUCUAAGCUCUGUCCUCCCACAUUCUCCCCAGAAGCCAGGGUACCCUAGCCUGGCUCAAGCGUGGUACCCGCUGGUUUGUCCAGUGGGGCCCGGAAAUCCCCUUUAGUCUCCACUGUAGGCAGACGUGGAUGAAGGGGCCGGGAGAUGCACACUCUCUGCCUGGCCCAGAAGGGAGAAGCUGGAGGCUUGGGAUGCCGUGCUUCUAGGCUUCUCUACUCUCUUAGUCUUGUAGAGAUUGAGUCCUUCACAAGAGCAUCUCAGCGGUGUGGGCGACGAGGGUGGGGCAGGAAAGAGAACUGGCUUUUAUUUAAAAAAAAAAAAAAAAAGCAACCUCUUCCCCGUAGCCCUCUGAGCACAGCUUUGCCGAGAAACCUGUGCACACCGCUCUUUCCUGUGCCCGACGGAUGCCGUCUUUCUCCCUCUGGCAGACAAAUUUUGUGAGCUGCUUUUUGUUUGUUUGUUUUUUUUUUCUUCUUCUCAUAGCUCUUGUAUUUUCAUGAAGAGAUUGAAAGCAAAUGUGAGGGACUGCCUAGGACAGGAAGGUGCGUCACAGCGCGUGUAGACCUUGAACUGAAAGAUCCUCCAGCACCUACCAGAGAGGACGUGGAAGAAGGAAGCUCUCUCUUCGCCUGCUGGACCCCGCUCUCACCAGCGAGUCCAUCCCUUCCCUGGCCUCGGAGCCUGCGGCUGGAUUCCAGUGUGUCAGGAAGACCAGCUGAGACAUCAGCCUCGUGGACUGAAGAACUAGUGGAUUCCUGGGCUUUCCAUUGUUAGACAGCCAUUGUUGGACUAACUGGACCCCAGCAUAAAUAAAAAAAUGGAGAUGCUUCAGACAGGUGUAAAAGGUACCUUCCCCACAGGCAGAAAGGAAGAUGGCUGCACCCCAGGGUCAGGGCCCCUGAGGAUCCUCUUGGUGGGUGUAUCUGGCUGCGGGAAAAGUGCCACAGGGAACAGCAUCCUCCGCCGACAAGCGUUCGAGUCCAGGCUCAGAGCUCAGUCAGUGACUAGGACCAGCCAGGCAGAGACGGGCACAUGGAAGGGAAGGAGACUGCUAGUGGUAGACACGCCCCCCAUCUUUGGGUCAAAGGCCCAGAACCAAGACAUGGACAAGGACAUUGGAGAUUGUUACCUGCUGUGUGCCCCAGGACCCCACGUGCUGCUGCUGGUGACCCAGCUGGGACGCUUCACAGCUCAGGACACCCUAGCCGUGAGGAGGGUGAAGGAGAUCUUCGGGGCAGGAGUCAUGAGACACACGAUCGUCCUCUUCACCCACAAGGAAGACCUGGCAAAUGAGACUUUGGAUGAGUUUGUGACCCACACUGACAACCACAGCCUGCACAGCCUGGUCCACGAGUGUGGGAGGAGGUACUGUGCCUUUAAUAACAGGGCCUCAGGGGAAGAGCAGCAGGGACAGCUGGCAGAGCUCAUGGCCCUGGUGAGGGGGCUGGAGCAGGAGUGUGAGGGCUCUUUCCAUAGCAACGACCUCUUCCUUCAUGCCCAGGAGCUCCUUAAUGGUGGCUGCAGUGAGUACCAGGAAGCCUACAGGUACUACCUGGCCAAGGUGAGGCAGGAGGUGGAGAGGCAGAAGCGGGAGCUGGAGGAGCAGGAGAGCAACUGGGUCCUCAAGCUCCUCCUCCGAGGCAAAGUGUGGAUGGUUUUGCACUCUGGGACUUGUGUUAGUUUUGUAUUGGGCAUAGCAAUCCUCACUGUUAUUUUUAUGCUCAUAUAUUCUAAUGUUUGAUGCUUUGUACUUUAGAGAAGUUUCUAAAGCGUCCUGCAGGAUUCCCAGCUAUCAGCAUCACCUUCAGAAAACCACGCUCCUGGUCUGCCAGACUUUGCUGCCCUGAGCCUCUUCUGUUUCCCCAUUAGAAUUCUGGUUGGGAUUAGGCAGAGUUGGGGGAAUCCUACAGAACAGGGGCAGGAAGGAUUGGAGGAACCAGAGGAGUCAGGAAACACAGCCCAUAGAAUCACCUGACUGAGAUUCAUGGGGGCUCACAGAGAUCAGGGAGCCUGUAGGGGUCUGACCUACCUCCUCUGCAUAUAUGUUAUGGCUACAUAGCUUGGUGUUCUUGUGGGGUUCCUAACAGUGGGAGUAGGGGCUGUCUCUGACUCCUUUAUCUACCCGUGGGACCCUUUUCCUCCUACUGGGUUGCCUUGUCCAGCCUUGAAAUGAUAGUUUGCGCCUUGGUCUCACUGUAGCUUGCUAUGCCAUGUUUGGUUGAUCCUUGGGAGGCCUCUUCUUUUCUGAAGGGAGGUGUGGGGUGGAUCUGGAGGAGAAGGGAGGUG